AUGGACGAAUAUUUGAGCGUGCCUGAAGACAGCCCGACUUACGAUUUUUGGAACCUUUCUUGUGACCAAAAUAUCAUUUCGCCCUCAUCAGAGUACCUAGAACGACUGGGAGCAUUUGGCACUGUGUUCAUCAGCAUCGGGUCGAUCCUGACAAUGGCGACGAUCUCAUUAGCGUCACACGCCUCCUACCGAGUCUUUCUUCAGGUAGAGACCUGGGCCUACAAGAAGAACUGCUUUGUGAUACUGUGGCUUUAUCCGAUCGCCAGCUUCUGUAGUCUUCUUGCUCUGUCAUUGCCAAGGACUCAAUUACUCACGGAAGCAGUCACGCAGAUGACGCUCACGAUAUCCUUCUACAGAGUGUACUUGCUGAUCACCGAAGUCGGGCUCAGGAAGGUCUCGGACCCGGCGAUGGUCCUCAAAGUCGGGCCCUGCUGCUGCUGGCCCUGUCUGCCCUUUCCCAGCCUCCAGUUCAACGACGCCAAUUUGUCCUGGCUGAGAAUUAUCGUCCUCCAGUUCCCCAUUGUCCAGGGAAUGAUAUACAUUAUUUUUUUGAUAAUGCACCUCGAGGACCCCGUUGUUUAUACCUCGUACAACGUUUUCUUCCAACCACUCUGUGUUGCAAGUAUUCUUAUGGCUCUCUAUGGGAUUAACAUUGCUGCGAUUAGUCUCAAACAGGUGAACCCAGAAGGGAAGCUGCAGUUGAAGGCGCUGGUUACGCAGCUAGUCCUCUUUUUCUCAAAACUCCAGGCUACUGUUAUUAAAUUUCUUCCGGCAACUGGACUGUUCCCCUGCAAUCCUCCAAUCACUCCGCAGAUGUAUGCAAACUUUACCUACAACGCGCUGAUGCUAAUCGAGAUGUUGCUUCUUGGGUACGUCGCAGCCUUCGUCUACAGAGAGGACGUCAGCGCCACUAAAUCAACGACUGUUGACGAGCCAACCCUACAAACAAUUACCACAAUCAAUCUUGGCAGCCAGAUCAACAAGCGGCCGAUCAAUGUUAAUCAGAAUUGCAACCAGCGAGCAUAA